CUAUGAGAACUACAUCUCCCGGCAGGCCGCUGGAUGGGGGGGAGUAGAAGGAGCGCUCUGACCGCCUUCCAGCGGCUUCUUGGAAUUACUCUGGUCUCUUCUUGAGUAUGGAGGCGACUGGGGAUUCUGGUACUGUGGAAGCCGGCGAGAUCCGGUCUCUGAAGGCUUGUCUGUUACGCCGCAACCGCACCCGCGAACAACACGGCGUGGCCGCCUCCUCCCUCGAAGAGCUGAGGAACAAGGCCUGUGACGUUCUGGCCAUCGACAAGUCGCUGACACCAGUCACCCUGGUCCUUGCAGAGGAUGGCACCAUCGUGGAUGAUGAUGAUUACUUCCUGUGUCUCCCAUCAAAUACUAAGUUUGUGGCCUUGGCCAGUAAUGAGAAGUGGAAAUACAGCAAUUCGGAUGGUGGCACAGCUUGGAUUUCCCAAGAGUCCUUUGAAGUAGACGAAACAGACAGCGGGGCAGGGCUGAAGUGGAAAAAUGUGGCCAGGCAGCUGAAGGGAGAUCUGUCCAGCAUCCUCCUGCUGUCGGAGGAGGACCUGCAGGUGCUCAUCGACGUGCCGUGUCCAGACCUGGCUCAGGAGCUCUGCCAGAGCUGUGCUGCUGUCCAGGGGCUCCAGAACACACUGCAGCGGGUGCUUGACCAGCGAGAGGAGGCCCGGCAGUCCAGGCAGCUCCUGCAACUUUACCUCCAGGCUCUGGACAAGGAGGGCAGCAUCCUGUCAAGGCAGGAAGAGUCCAAAGCUGCCUUCGGGGAAGAGGCAGAUGCAGUUGACACGGGCAUCAGCAGAGAGUGCGCCUCUCAAAUCACACUUACAAGCCAGAUUCUUUCGGCGCUGCAGGAGAAGGCUGCCCCAGAGCUGAGCUUAUCUAGUCAGGAUUUGGAGUUGGUCACCAAGGAGGACCCCCAAGCGCUGGCCACUGCUUUGCACUGGGAUAUAAAGAAGACAGAAGCGGCUCAGCAGGCCUGCACCCAGGAGCUCAGCCGGCGCCUGCAGCAGACACAGAGCUUGUGUUCGCUCAGGACUCUUUCAGCUAGGAAGAGCUCCCUGCCUGGAGACUUGCAGGGAACCAAGCGAGCCAAGCAAGACCCUGCCUAGCUACAGCCGGAAGACACAGAAGGAGACCCACAACAAAGGUUUCUGCUGCCAGUAAACACCCUCAGUCUGGUUAUUUUCCUCCCUGCCAUCUACUCUGCCCCUGCCUCCAGCUUGUUCUCUUGGCCCCAGCUGCAAGUCUGGCUUGUGUGCCUUCCAGAAAGCCUAUUCCAGAGCGCUUCAUAUCCCCAUUCUCUUAUGUUUUGUUUUGAGAUGGGGUUUCAGUAUAUAGUUCAGGCUGGCCUUUAACUCAUG